AGUCUCGCAAUAAACGUUAUUUAGCGAGUUUUGGCCACGUCCCUGGAAGGAUCAUCACCGAAAUAGAAGGAUUUUACGAAUUUUAUAGUGUCAUCUAUAUCUGAUUGGAAAAGAAAGGAGACAAGAUGUCGACGCUGGCAGAGCAGCCAUGUUACACGUUGAUAAACAUUCCAACAGAUGCGGAACCACCCACGGAGAUGCAGCUCCGUACAGACUUAGAGAAAGGAGAUGUCAAGUCUAAAACUGAAGCCUUGAAGAAAACAAUACAGAUGAUUCUGAAUGGGGAGAAAAUGCCAUCUUUACUCAUGACAAUUAUACGCUUCGUUAUGCCAAUGCAGGAUCACAUGAUCAAGAAAUUGCUACUGAUAUUCUGGGAGGUUGUGCCAAAAUACACGCCUGACGGGAAAAUGUUACAUGAGUUCAUCCUUGUCUGUGAUGCUUACAGAAAGGACUUGCAACAUCCUAAUGAGUUUAUCCAGGGAUCAACUCUAAGAUUCCUAUGUAAACUGAAGGAACCAGAACUGCUGGAACCGCUGAUGCCAGCCAUCAGACAGGGUUUGAAACACAGACAUUCAUAUGUACGCAGGAAUGCUGUAUUGGCCAUCUAUACCAUAUACAGGAACUUUGACUUCCUUAUCCCUGAUGCUCCUGAACUGAUUGCUGAGUAUUUAGAGGGGGAGCAGGACAUGUCAUGUAAAAGAAAUGCUUUCAUGAUGCUUAUACAUGCUGAUCAGGAGAGAGCUUUGAACUACUUGAGUAGUUGUAUAGAUCAAGUGACAUCAUUUGGAGAUAUCCUUCAACUGGUUAUUGUUGAACUCAUUUACAAGGUUUGCCAUGCCAAUCCGUCAGAGCGUGCACGGUUUAUUCGAUGUAUCUACAACUUGCUGAACUCCUCCAGUCCAGCCGUGAGAUACGAGGCUGCUGGUACGCUUGUCACACUAUCAAGUGCACCCACAGCCAUUAAGGCUGCUGCUAGUUGUUACAUCGAGUUGGUGGUGAAGGAGAGUGAUAACAAUGUAAAACUGAUUGUCCUCGAUAGACUGGUUGCCUUGAAGGAGGUCCCAGCACAUGAGAAAGUCAUGCAGGAACUUGUGAUGGACAUUCUCCGAGUUUUGAACUCUCCAGAUCAGGAAGUUAGAAAGAAGACAUUGAACUUGGCACUUGAUCUUGUCACAUCUAGAAGUGUAGAAGAGAUGGUGUUAGUAUUGAAGAAAGAAGUUGUGAAGACGAACAAUGUAGAGCAUGAAGAUACAGGAAAGUACAGGCAGUUACUGGUCAGAACUCUACAUCAGCUGUCCAUCAAGUUCCCAGACAUUGCUACAACUAUUAUACCAGUGUUGAUAGAAUUCCUGGGUGACAGUAACGAGGCGGCCGCUGCUGACGUUCUGGUGUUUGUUCGUGAGGCCAUCCAUAGGUUCGAGCCCUUGAGGAACCUUAUCAUCAGCAAACUGUUGGAUGUGUUCUCUACAAUAAAAGCUAUGAAGAUUCAGCGAGCUGCCCUGUGGAUUCUGGGAGAAUACUGUACUACCUCGGAGGAUAUACAGGGUGUUAUGACCCUAGUUAGACAAUCUCUAGGAGAGAUUCCUAUUGUUGAUGAUGAACUGAAGAAAGCUGCUGGAGAAGUAUCAGAAGAUGAUACAAUGUCUGGAGGCAACAUACAGAGGCUUGUUACAGCAGACGGCACAUACGCUACCCAGAGUGCAUUCAGUACAGUCUCCACGGCAAAGAAAGAGGAAAAUCCUCCAAUGCGGCAAUUCUUAUUGGAUGGUGAAUUCUUUGUAGGCGCUGCCCUGGCAACGUCCCUCACCAAACUGGCCCUGAGAUACAUGACUCUUCACACUGAUCCCAAAAGGCAAAAUGCCUUUCUGGCAGAGUCUAUGUUCAUUAUGGCAACAGUCUUACAUCUGGGCAAAUCUGGAAUACCAACCAAGCCAAUAACAGAUGACGAUGUAGAUCGUAUUGCCACAUGUUUACGUGUGUUAUCUGAGCAGAGUCCAUUAAUGACAGAGAUAUUUAACACAGCUUCUCGUAACUCUCUCUCCCUUAUGUUGCAAGCAAAAAUGGCUGAAGAAAAGGAGGCACAGCAGGCAGCAGCGAAGAAGGUGGUUAAAGUACAAGCGGAUGACCCUAUAGCAUUUGCACAGCUAAUCAACAAGAAUGAGCUUGGAGCUACCGAGAAUAUGUUUGAACUGACACUGUCCCAGGCUUUAGGAAUGACAAACAAAAAAGAGAACGAUCCUAUGGGUGCCUCAAAGCUAAAUAAGGUGACCCAGUUGACAGGUUUCUCUGACCCAGUGUAUGCAGAGGCGUAUGUUAAUGUUAACCAGUUUGAUAUAGUACUGGAUGUUCUAGUUGUUAACCAAACUUCUGAUACCCUGCAGAAUCUUACACUGGAACUUGCAACUCUUGGUGAUCUAAAGCUGGUUGAGAAGCCCCAGCCUCUAACAAUGGCACCACAUGAUUUCUGUAACAUCAAGGCCAAUGUCAAGGUUGCAUCUACAGAAAAUGGAAUUAUUUUUGGAAAUAUUGUGUAUGAUGUUACUGGAGCUGCCAGUGAUAGAAAUGUAGUUGUUCUUAACGACAUUCAUAUUGACAUCAUGGACUAUAUUGUACCUGCGUCCUGUAACGACUCAGAGUUCAGACAGAUGUGGGCAGAAUUUGAGUGGGAGAACAAGGUGGCAGUGAACACAAAUAUUCACGAUCUACGAAAGUUCCUUGAACACGUUAUCAAGUGUACAAAUAUGAAAUGUCUUACUCCAGAAAAGGCUCUACAGGGAGAUUGUGGGUUCAUGGCUGCUAACCUUUAUGCCAAGUCUAUAUUUGGAGAAGAUGUGUUAGCCAAUCUGAGCAUAGAAAAACCUGCCCAUCUGGCUGCAGAUACACCUGUACAAGGUCACAUCAGGAUUAGAGCCAAAAGCCAGGGUAUGGCAUUGAGUAUGGGAGACAAGAUCAACCUGUCACAGAAAGCCAACAAAGCUGCACAGCCUGAACAAUAAACAAUUGGAAUCUAUAUAUAGACAUUACAUGUAUAUAGAAACAGGGAACGUAUAUACCUGUUGUCCAGACACUGCUUCACUUUCAGAACAAUCAAGAAAUACAAGAAAAACACCAGAAUGAGAAAAAAAUGUCAAAUCAUAAAUUUAUAUUUGAUUUUAAUGAAGUAGUAUUUGUCGGGUUAUGUUUAAAAAUUCUAAUUUUAUGCAUAUAACAGUUUUCUGGUAUUAAUGCAUGCGUCUUAGUUGAAUUCAUGUAGGUUAUUGUCACAGACUUUUGAUACUUUGUUACUUCAUUAUUACAUGAUGUACUACUUGAAAAAAAUACAUUAUUUAUCAUGUUAAAUUAAAUUUUAGAAGUGUGCAAUUACAUUGCUUAUUUGUUGGGCUAUUGUCAAAACUGCGAUUGCUUUUUCUGGCGUACAUUGGGAAAUAAAAUAAUUUAGAAAAAGAA